AUGGAGAAUACCAGGCUGAAAAACCAAGUGUCGCAACUAAAACACCAGCUCAAGGAUCUGGAAGAUUCACUGAGGGAGAAAUCCCAGAGGGACGACAGAGGGCAAAGGUCAGAGAAAUCAAACAGAGCAGAGAAGUCGUAUCGGUCAGAGAGAUCCCGCCGUUCAGAGAAAUCACAUUAUACAGAGAAGUCAGAGGGACGGGAGCUGGAGUAUUCCUCUGGCAGGCCAGGGCACAAGGGUCACAAGCGCCACCACGCUCACGACUCCCCGAAGGAAAGACGGGAACAUGGGAGGUACAAGGAGAACAAAAGGGCCAAGACGUCAAGGUUCCACCCCAUCAACAACCGUAGUCCUUUUUCCGACGACAUCCUGGCGGAUACUCUACCAAGAAGCUACAAACCCAUUUCUCUGGACUACGAUGGUACCAUUGACCCGGAGGUACACCUCAACCGGUUUGAGGGACUGGUUACUUUGCACAUGUACACUGAGGGCAUCAAGUGUCGGAUUUUUUCCACCACAUUGACUGGACCCGCCCAGCUAUGGUUUGGGAUGUUCGCCCCAAAUUCCAUUCGCUCGUUUGAGGAGUUACAAGUGCGUUUUCUGAGGCAGUUCGCAAGCUCGCGAAGGGUAGGGAAGUCAGCUCUUUCCCUAAUGGAUAUCAAACAGGACCAGAAUGAGACACUGCGGGAGUAUACGACUAGGUUCAAUCUCGCUGCUCUGGAGGUGCCAGAGGCAGAAUCCCAGAUCAAGAAUUGUGCCUACGUCAGAGGGCUAAAGCUGGAGCUCUUCUUCGAUAAGCUGCAAAUCAGAUCGGCCAGGGACUUCGACGACAUCAUGUCUAGACUACCGGGGUACUUACAGUUGGAGGAUGCCAGGAUGGCAAGGAAAGCGGAAAAUGACAAACACAAGGCUAAAAGAGCUGAGGAAGCACCAGAGAGGCAGCGACAUCAGGAUAGGGCCCCUUUCAGAGGAUUACCCCCGAGGGUACCUCCCACCCAAGCAGAGGGACCACACCGCCAACAGCGCACUGUGAAUAAAGUUACUCGGUUCGACGAGUACACCCCUUUGAACAAGCCACAGGAGGAGAUCUUCCAUCUGAUUAAGAAUCAACCGUUUUCAAGGCGCCGGGGAAUUACAGAGAUGGGCAACCCCAACAGGGACCCAACAACAAACUCUGCAAGUAUCACAAUGCCUAUGGGCAUUUCACCAAACACUGUGGGCAUCUGA